AUGUUCAGACAGAAGGUUGACUUGUGGAAUGAUGAUGGUGUCUCUUUCGGCACAACACAGUCUGAUGGGGAAAUGCACUUUCCAAGACUUUCUAAACAUGGGAAAGGCAUUAAAAGAGGGUUGUCAGGUGUUCAGAAUGGUGGGAAUACCAUAGUAGGUGAGUUUGCAGGCUUGGGCAUCAGAAAUUCAAAUAUUUCGGCUAAUGGGCCGGAGGCCCUAUCUGUUGACAAUGAGCUGACUGGAUCGGAGGCUUCAAAGUUUUUUCCUUCUGGGCCAGGAUAUACAAUUAACAAGUUUGGUAAACUGGUUAAAAACAGGGGAAUUAUAGAGGCUAGCAGUGUUAAAAACAAGAAUAAAGGGACCAGUUGCAUCUCAGCUUCGUCUGCCAGUGUAGAUAUUGAGGUUCCUGAUCCUAAUUUUUCGCUGAUAGCUCCUAACUCGAAUUGUUUGAAGAGCCAGUUAAGAAAUAAAGCGAUGGUGGUGCAUAGAAGCUCGCUAUCCACAAAAAGUGAGCCUCUACAGAGAAGGAGAAUGGCCAGUUACAGCAAAGUUUAUAGGAGGGAGAGAAAACAUUGGCAUGGGGAGAUUCAUAAGGAAAUUAAUGGUACAGAGGUUGUUCCAGUUCAAAACAAAGUUUGUGAUCAGGUCUGCACGCCAAUACAAAAGAUUUCUACAGCAGCAGAGCUUAAUUCUCCAGACAGAGAGGAGACAAAUUUAGUUGAGAAAGCUGGGAUUAGUAGUCUCGAUGGAGAGCCAGAGGGUUGUGUUACGGACAGUCAUUUGAUUAAUUCCAAAUCAGGAUUUUGCAAAAGAAGGGUAAGAAGAUCAUUGGUAAGAGAAGCUCUAGAACAUGUCAAUAUUUUUACAGCCUCUUCUACAGAAUUUUCAGAGCUUUUAGAUGAAGCAGUAGCCACAUGGGGCUUGGGGAAAAGAGAAAAACAGAAAGCAGUCCAGAGAUUGGUCUCUAGCUCAUAUCCUUCUUUUCUUUGGUUACAAGAAACUAAAGUAGAGAAGGUUCAAAGGUCUUUUCUGAGAAGGAAUGGACUGAAUAAUCUUCAGAGUGUUAUUGAAUCUCCAGCUAUUGGUUCUUCAGGGGGCUUAUUAUGUUGUUGGGAUGACAAUGUGUUUGAGAUGGAAAAUCACUGCAUUAACAGAAGAUUCAUUGCUGUUGUAGGGAAAUUCAGGCUGCAUCAAUUCAGAAGUGUCCUCAUUAAUGUUUAUGGGCCUUCAGUGGAGGAAGAAAAAGAGAGUUUUUUUGAAGAACUCAGUGUGUUCAUCUCUGGACAGAACCUGCCGGUUUGUGUUGGAGGAGAUUUUAAUGUUUAUUUGUGUGAAGAUGAGAAGGUGGGUAAAGCACAGAAUAGGUUCUCUAUGAGGAUUUUCUCUCAUUUUAUUCAGUCUUUAGGUUUGAUUAAUCUGCCUUUGAAUGGGGGAAGGUUCACUUGGUGUAAUAACCAAGAUGAUCCAACUUUUGUUAGAUUGGACAGAUUUUUGGUGGAUGGUCAAUUUUUAGCUACUUUUCCUGAGAUUUCUCAGUCUCUUAUUCCUAAAUCCAUUUCAGAUCACAAUGCUAUUUUAUUGAAAGAUGAAGAUAUUGAUUGGGGGAAAAGACCGUUUAGACUCUUUAAUUAUCUGAUGGAGGAAGACGGCUUUGAGGAUAUGGUCAAACAUUCUAUCACAGAUUGUAAGAAGACUGGGAGAAAAGGUGGGAUCUUAAGUAUUUUGAAGAACUCUAAAGCUGCCAUCAAGAAAUGGUCAGGGAAGAAGAAUCAAUUUCCGGGAGUAGCAAUAUCAGAUUUGGAAAAGAAAAUUCAGAAGCUUGAGGAAGACGCCCAGCAGCUGAAUAACAGCUCUGUUCAGGGGAUUGCUAAAGAGCUUAGUGUUUGUAGAGCAGAGUUAUGGAGACUUCACAGAAUUGAGAAGCAGAUUUGGCUUCAAAAUUCUAGGAAGAAGUGGCUUAAUGAUGGGGACCGAAACAUAAGAUUCUUUCAUACUUGUGCUUCAGUUAGGAGGAAACGAAAUGCUCUGAAUGCUUUAAUUGUUGAUGGGAAUACUACUCACGAUCCAACUGUUAUCAAGGCCAAGGUCAAAGAUCAUUUUUUCAAAAUUUAUAAUGAUCGGUCUACUUUAGAAGUUGAAGAUAUUGGUUUGGUUUUCCCCAGAAUUUCUUUCGAACAGAAUAUGCUUUUAGAGAAGGAGUUUUCCGAGGAGGAGUUUUUUCACAGAUUUUUUGUGGGGAAAGAAUGGGAACAUGUCAUUAACCAUAUUUUUAUUACCCUUAUUCCUAAGGAAUCUAACAUUGGAAGUCUUGAUGAUUAUAGACCUAUAAGCCUAGUAGGAGGAGUGUAUAAGAUAUUAUCCAAGUGUCUUUCAAGGAGGCUUAGAAGUUGUAUAGGAGAUCUUAUAAGCCCGACUCAAUUCGCUUUUAUUCCCGGUAGACAAAUUUUGGACUGCUCACUCAUUGCUAACGAGGGUAUUGAUUAUUGGAGGAAGAAAGGGCUAAAGGGUUGUGUGUUUAAAGUUGAUUUCAAAAAGGCAUACGAUACGGUUGACUGGCCUAUCUUGUUCAAGGUGAUGGAAAAAAUGGGUUUCGGUUUCACAUGGAUAAGUUGGAUUAGGAGAUGUGUUUCUACAGCUUCAAUCUCAGUGUUAGUUAAUGGGGUUCCAUCCGAGGAGUUUCCAAUGGCCAAGGGUCUUAGACAGGGAUGUUCACUCUCGCCUUUACUUUUUAACCUAGUGGGGGAAUUAUUGAAUCUUUUAAUUCGAAGAGCUGUUUCAGAGGGUUUAUUUGCUGGUUUGACAGUUGGCAAGGAGGAGGGGUCUUUUAAUCUUUCACACUUGCAGUUUGCGGAUGACUUAAUUAUUUUCUGUGGAGCUUCGAAGACUCAAAUUAUGAAUUUGAAGAGGGUGCUUAGAGUAUUUGAGGUUAUGUCAGGGCUGCAACUAAACCUGAAGAAAAGCAGACUCUUCGGGAUUAAUAUAUCCCAACAGGAGGUUAAAACUUGGGCAGAUUCUAUCGGUUGUUUGGUGGGAAACUUCCCAUCUAAUUUUCUAGGCCUCCCUCUAGGUGCUACUAGGAAUUCCUCUGUUAUCUGGGAACCAGUGGUACAGAAUUUUCACUCUAAAUUAGCAGGUUGGAAGGCUGCUACUCUUUCUUUAGCAGGGAGACUGGUUUUGAUCAAAUCCGUUCUGUCCUCACUACCUACGUAUUUUUUUGUCUAUAUUAAGAUUCCAGCUUCUAUCCUCAAGACUCUCAAUUCUAUUAUGUCUAAUUUCUUAUGGGGAGGGGCAAUGGGAAAUGGUCUUGGAGGUUUGCAAAUGAGAGAAAUUCUGUUUGGAGGAAUUUUAUUUGUAGCAAAUACAACAUUGACUCUUCUAGACUACUGUUUGACAGCAAGAUUCCUUCUCAAUCCUCCUGGUUGUGGAGAUCAGUGGUUAAUAACCAUUUCAAACAAGACUCAUUUGGUUGUUAGUUCCGUAGUUUGUGCAAGUUUUAUGUCGGAAAUGAUUCUAUUUCCUAGACUGUUUUCACUGUCAACUAAUAAAUUCGGUAAACUUUGUGAGUUUGGGGAAUUUCUUUCUUCGGGCUGGAUUUGGGAUGUUAAAGUUCGAAGAAAUUUAAACGAUUGGGAGCUUGAACAAUGGUGCAAUUUGGUAAGCAUCAUUUCUUCUUUCUCUCUAUCUAUUGAUUCUAGCGAUGGAUUGAUCUGGAAAGGCAGUGGGGAUGGGGUUUAUACAGUCGGUUCUUGUGUUAAGAGUUGUGUUUCAAUUUCAGAAGAGUCUCAUUUAUGGAACAAGAUUGUUUGGAGAGGAUUGUUAAAUCCGAAUUGGUUAAAAGAGGAGUUCAAGGUAUUGAGGAUGGCUUAUGCCCUCUUUGUAAAAUGGUUGAAGAAUCUUCUUCGCAUCUAUUCUUCUCCUGUUCGGUUGCGUGAAGCAAAAAAUUUUCUUCUUGCUUGGGAUGAGUUGAAAUCUAAUUCGGUAAUUUGGACUUUCAUUCCUGGGGCUGUUAUUUGGACAAUCUGGAAAUUCAGGAAUUACAUAGUUUUUGAAGGGGGGAAGCUCGAUCAGACUGAAUUAUUCUUCUUAACAAGAGUUAGGCUGGCCUCUUGGUAUUUAGCAAAGAAAAAGGAUGUUUCUAUUCCUAAGGACUCCUUAAUCUCUGAUCCUUCUAUAGGGGAUUCUUACUCGUCCUACAAUUUCUUGAAGUCUUCCAUAACCCCUUGGUUACCUCCCCCUACGGGUUUCAUCAAGUUGAAUGUGGAUGCAGCAAUUAGUUGUGAUUGGGAAAAAUCAGGUCUGGGUGGUCUUAUGAGGGAUCAUUCUGGUGCAAUCCUUGGUUCUUUUCAGGAACCGAAUGGUUUUGGACCUCCAACAUUGAAGGAACUUAAAGCUAUCCAAAGGGGUAUCUCUUUUUUUACCUCUGUCCUAGGGAGGGUUAAAGAUAGGUUGAUCAUAGAGAGUGAUAGCAGAGUUGCAGUAGACUGGAUCAAUAAGGUUGUCUCAUGUCCAGCUGUUUAUGGUUUCAUUGUUAGAGAUAUUGUUGAGUGUCUUAAAACCGUCGGGGGGGUUGUUAGAUGGAUUGCAAGGACAACUAAUAUGGAUGCCGAUGCUCUAGCAAAGGCUGGUAUAGGUUGA